AAACAGCUUCAACUCAUUACGCUGUCAACACUUCCACUUCCCUUCAUCUUCGUACGUUUCUCUCUUCAUCAGUGACAGUAUACAAAUCAAACACAAACAUAUAAUACACACGCACACAUAUAUAUCCUACCAUACACGACAUCGACAAUGCAUUAUCAAACGGAGUUGUGGGCGUCCACCUACCUGCCGGCAACGGGGCGGCCGGACCCGGUGGAGAUGAUAGAGAGGCUGGCGGCGGAGAAUGCGGUGGUGAUAUUCAGCCAGAGCACGUGCUGCAUGUGCCACGCCGUGAAGCAGCUCUUCUGCGGGAUGGGCGUGAGCCCUGCGGUCCACGAGCUCGACCUCGACCCCCUCGGCGAGGAGCUCGAGCGGGCCCUCUCCCGCCUCCUCGGUGGCGGUGGUGCACUUCCGGUGGUCUUCGUUGGCGGGAAGCUUGUCGGGGCAAUAGACCGUGUCAUGGCCUCGCAUAUUAACGGCACCCUUGUCCCACUCCUCAAGGAGGCGGGAGCCCUCUGGCUCUGACCCAAUGAUUCCUCGUCAGUGAGAAACCAUCAACCUCGUACUAAUUACUGUCUUUUCGAUUUCGUCCUCAAAGUUCUUCUGUUUUUCAAAAAAAGUACGUACUUUGACAUAUCUCUUCAACUUUACUAGCAGUGUUAACUGUCCGGUCCACAUUUCCGGGUUUUUACCGGUGGGUCUAAACUUUUAACUUGAUUUCGGUGAGUUUAGGUACACUACUUUCGUAACAGACAAUGUACUUACGAUUUUAAUCGGAACAUUUUAACGAACUCGAUUAAAUGGAAAGGAGGCUGGGGAACGGAAUCAGAAAGGCGACGUAAGUACCACUGGGGAUGAUAUCUAGAGCAAAGCGUUCUUACGACGUACUCCGAAAACACAAAAUUCACUUCCUAUGUGAUGACGAAGAGAUUAAGAGAGGAAAGAGGAGUCUGGUGUCCCUUUUUUUUUUUUCUCCCCUUUUUAAAGGUUUCCUGGGCCUCUUUCUUUUUUGGUGUUUUGGGGUUAAUCCUUCGACUGAUGUUGGCGUCUUUUUUAUUAGACUCUGUUCUUUUUAUUUUAAUUUUUUUUUCUUCCAUUUUUUGUUUUAGUGUCGAACUUCUGCUGGGUGCAGAGAGAAAUGUAAUUCGCUCCCUCCUCUCAGUCCUCUGGAUAGGAAGAAAAUUAAAGAACAUGGGAAAAAAAAAAAAAAAGACUUUCGAAGUCUUCUCUCUUGUUUCACUUAACCAUCUUCAUCGUUUAUUUAUCGACGCGGUACGUUAUGAUGACAGAUUUUUUAUAUUUACAUAAAAUCCCGUCUCAAAGGAUCGCAAGACCAUUGGUAGGAGAUCUCGCAAUAUAGACUAGUGUCCAGUAAACCCGACAUAUACGAAUAAACCUUGCAGUCUCUUAACUGUUUUAAUUGCAAUUAAAGGAGGAUUAACAAAACAAUGAAUCCGCGGAGGAGAUUUUGAUGUGGAAUUUCACCACAAAGGCUGACCCCCAGCUGAGGUGUCGUUUUAGGCGGAUCAAGUUGUCGUUUUCUUUCUCGUUCUUCUUGGUCAAAGUUUCUUCUUUUGCUAGUGUAUGACCAAUAACGUAGCCUUUGACCGGCAGUGAAGUGUUCUUCUUUUAGGCUUUUUUACAGCUUUAUUAGAAGUGAAAAAUUGAAAGGUUACCCUUCACCAAAAAAAAAGAAAGAAAGAAAAAAAAAAGACACAAUUUAAUCCCAAGAAAGGGUUAUUUACUUCCAAUGUCCUUACCUUAAUCCAAAGUUAUGAACUUUUC